GCAUGCGCGGUGAGGUCAGAGGAAGCCAUGUUAAAGUAAAGUAGUGAAGUGAGCAGAGAUUUGUGUUGUUGUUGUUGUUUUGUGUGUUUACAGUUGGGUCCGCUGAUGUUUAAUAGAGAGUGUGUUUGAGUGUGUGAGUGAGUGUCUGUGCUGUGAGCAGCUGGGUCAGGAUGAGCUCCAGCUGUGACCUGUCCAGGCGGAACCCUCAGGAGGACUUCGAGCUGAUCCAGAGGAUUGGCAGCGGAACCUACGGAGAUGUGUACAAGGCCCGGAAUGUCAGUACUGGAGAACUGGCUGCAAUCAAAGUCAUCAAGCUUGAGCCUGGAGAGGACUUUGCAGUGGUUCAGCAGGAGAUCACCAUGAUGAAGGACUGCAAACACUCGAACAUUGUGGCUUAUUUCGGCAGUUAUUUAAGGAGAGACAAGCUGUGGAUAUGUAUGGAGUAUUGUGGAGGAGGCUCCCUACAGGACAUUUAUCAUGUAACUGGUCCUCUGAUGGAGUCGCAGAUCGCAUACGUGUGCAGAGAAACCCUACAGGGUCUGUACUACCUCCACAGUAAAGGGAAGAUGCAUCGAGAUAUAAAGGGUGCCAACAUUUUACUGACCGACAAUGGCUACGUCAAACUGGCUGAUUUCGGAGUUUCGGCUCAGAUCACAGCAACUCUGGCCAAAAGGAAGUCCUUCAUUGGAACUCCAUACUGGAUGGCUCCAGAGGUGGCAGCGGUGGAGCGCAAAGGGGGGUAUAAUCACCUGUGUGAUAUCUGGGCUGUCGGCAUUACCGCCAUCGAACUGGCUGAGCUCCAACCUCCCAUGUUCGAACUACACCCGAUGAGAGCCCUGUUCCUGAUGACCAAGAGCAGCUUUCAGCCACCCAAACUAAAGGACAAAGUCAGAUGGUCCAACAACUUUCAUAAUUUCGUGAAACUGUCAUUGACAAAAAACCCGAAGAAGCGCCCUUCGGCUGAGAAGCUGCUGCAGCAUCCAUUCGUGUCUCAGCCUCUAAACCGGACGCUGGCGAUUGAGCUGCUGGAUAAGGCCAGUAACCCUGACCAAACCCACUACAGCGAGUUUGAUGAUGAUGAACCCGAGUCUGAGCCGUCUGUCGAUGUUCCGCACCGCAUUCCCUCCAGAAGCCGAAACGCAAGGGAAGGGAAGACCCUGUCCGAGAUUAACUUUGACCAGGUGAAGUUUGACCCUCCUUUAAGAAAAGAGACGGAACCUCAUCAUGAGCCGCUGGACACUGAGGAUUUUUCAGACUGUGCCGAAGAACUUUACUUCACAGCGAGAUCUAACCUGGAGCUGCAGAUGGACUUUGGGACGGACUCUCCAACUGGCUCCCUGCUUGGGGGGGACAAGAGUCUGCUGAAAUCUGUGGAAGAAGAGCUGCACCAGAGGGGUCAUGAGGCUCAUUUGGAGGAUGAUGAUGGGGAAAGACAGCGCAUGAAGAGCUCCACCAUGAGGCCGAAUUUCCCACCUCCACCACCGCCCAAGCCCAGGCUGCCUGCCGACCCACCUGCUGACCAUGCCAACCACCAGGGCACCAUAAUGCGGAGCCCGGAGAGCGAGGGUCCAACAAUAUCAGCUGCUAACGCACCUCCAAGACCCCCACCCCCUCAACUGUCCCAAGACGACACCUGCAGCCUAGGUAACGAAGCUAAUCAGGAAGGGCUCGGCUCCUGGGAUGCCCAGGGGGAUGAUGGGAAUUGUAGUCAGUUCGGAGAGUCCUUGCAAUUUGAAGAUGAGGAUGAUGAGGAAGAGCGAGAUGAGCAGGGAGACAGUAAUGGAGUGAGUGUGUGUGACGUGACUGUGAGUUUAUGUGAGGAAGAUGAAGCGUCCAGUCAGAAUUCUACAACAACUGCCCUGCGCAAAGACAAAAAGGACAUUCCGAAGCCACUGAGUAACGGUCUGCCUCCAACACCGAAGGUUCAUAUGGGGGCAUGUUUCUCCAAAGUGUUCAAUGGCUGCCCUUUGAAGAUCCACUGCGCCACAUCCUGGAUAAACCCAGACACACGAGAUCAGUAUCUGAUCUUCGGAGCGGAGGAGGGGAUUUACACUUUAAACCUUAAUGAACUCCAUGAGACGUCUAUGGAGCAGUUAUUUCCGAGGAGAUGUUCUUGGCUGUACGUGAUGAACAACACUCUACUCUCCAUCUCAGGUAAAGCGAGUCAGUUGUACUCGCACAGCCUGACGGGAUUAUUUGAACAUGCCAGACAGAGACACAAACUUCCAGUGUCUAUACCAACCCUGCCCGACAGAAUGAUUCCCAGGAAGUUUUCUGUGUCUUCUAAGAUUGCUGACACUAAAGGCUGUCAGAGGUGCUGUGUAGUGAGGAAUCCAUAUACUGGCCAUAAUUACCUGUGUGGGGCACUACAGGGCAGUGUGGUGUUGUUGGAGUGGGUGGAGCCCAUGCAAAAAUUCAUGCUGGUUAAAACACUGGACCUCUCCCUACCAGUCCCUCUGCAGAUUUUUGAGAUGCUGGUGGUCCCGGAACAUCUGUACCCUCUGAUCUGCAUAGCAGUCAGCAGAGGCUCUGAAGUCAACCAGAUCGUCCAGUUCCACACACUCGACCCGAACUCCAGUUCUACCUGGUCCACACAGUCUGAUGUACCUCAGAGUAGUGUGGUCCACCUAACUCAGCUGGAGCGAGACACAAUCCUUGUCUGCCUUGACCGUUGUAUUAAGGUUGUGAACCUGCAAGGUCGUUUAAAGUCCAGCAGAAAACUCUCAACAGAGCUGACCUUCAACUUUCACAUCGAGUCCACAGUAUGUUUGCAGGACAGUGUUUUGGCGUUUUGGAGGCAUGGGAUGCAGGGGCGGAGUUUUAGAUCUAAUGAGGUAACGCAGGAGAUCUCUGACAGUACCCGGAUAUUCAGGCUGCUGGGCUCAGACAGGGUGGUGGUUCUAGAAAGCCGUCCGACAGAGAACCCCACAGCCCACAGUAACCUGUACAUCCUUGCUGGCCACGAGAACAGUUACUGAGCUAUCUGGCAUGCUGGGAAAAGCAGGAGUGCUCAGGCUGGACCACUGGGAGACCAAUCAUUAAAACCUGAACUCUACAGGGUUACCAUUUCAAUUUAACUUACACUCUCACUACAGAUACUCUCCACUUCUGCCUGUGCGCACAACUGCUCCUGCAGGAACGUUAGAACAUCUAAUCCAGACGUGUUCAGCUGCAGGAUGAACAAUGUUACUUGGUUUGAGUCUCCUGGCUUCCUUAGUGCUGAAGCUCCUCCCGCUACAGGAAGCUCCUCCCACUACAGGACUGUUACUAAUUGCUAAUGACUGAUUAAUCGGCUGCUCUGAGUUUAAUGGGUUCUGAGAGAGGAGGAACCUGAGGACUGGUUCUGUGGACGCGGAUUAAAUGUAGUCUCAGACUAAUUCAACACACACAUGCACGCACACACUACUUUGUCUUACACGGACACUUUCGAAGGGCUUAUUAACUGCCCUCUCCAGGCUCCUCCCAGUAAUGUGUUCUUUCCUAGCUUCUGGUGCUCGGUUGGACAAUCUCCUUUUAGUGGGUGGAGCCUGUAGGAGGAGUGGUACUGAUGUUCUGAUUCAGGGUUAAAGGAGCGGUAAAACACUAGUAGUAAAAAACAAACACAUACACACACGUUCUUUUCAAACCACAUGCACACACAAACAAAAUUGUUACACUUAUACACACCUCACAUAAGUGCUGUACAGGAAAAUGUGUAGAUGGGUGUUAAUUAUGUACAGGUCAAGUCUGCUGAGGCAGAUAUAAAGACUGUAUAUUUGUUUGUUUAUUUGUUUAGAGGUACGGCUCUGAAGGGCUUUUCUGCAGAAUGAAUUUUAUGGACUCUUAAAGAAUCGUGUUUCUGUGCUCAGUUCGCGCUGUCUUAUCUUUAUAUUGCUUUAUUUUUAGUGUCCUGUUUUUAUAUUGAAUCAGAUGCUGUUUUUACUGAAUGCCUUUAAUGUGUUCGUCUCUGUUUGUCUGUAUGUUUGUUUGUCCGUUUGUUUUUGUUUGUCUGUCUGUUUUUUAAGGUGAAGGUUUAAACACUCUGUAAAUCUGCUUCUGAGAGUAAUUGAAUAUUAAACCUGCUCUAGUCACA